AUGGGCCUUUCGUGCCCGAUGCCUAUGGACGAAAUCGAAGUGGGUGGAGAUCGUUAUCCGUGUUUUCGGGUUGAAUCAUACCUUCGAGUAUUCAGUCUGCAUAACAAGCUAUCUCUAUUGCUCGGCCACGUGGAUGACUUCAGCCUGGUGGAAGAGUACUGGAAGAGAUACAAGGCUAUAGACCCAGAGCAUCCUACAUUUUCUUACCAUGACGGCCGUGAAAAGUUUGUGAUUCCUUGCUACAUUCAUAGCGAUGAGGGCCGCACCCUGAAAAAAAGCAGCAUUAUGGUUUGCAACCUGCAGCCAGUGCUUGGCAGCAACCCCGACCCUGAUUAUGAUUCGAGUGAGCUGCACACGAACAUGAAAUUCACUACCUGGGCUACGAGGCUCCUGCUGUUUGUCAUGCUGAAACAAGCUUACAAGAAAAAUGACAGGCCGCUGUAUGCUGCAUGGGAAAGCGUCGCUGCCGAGUUGGUGCGUUUGUUUGAGGAGGGGUGCACCCUAGUGGUUCGCAAUGUUCGCAUCACGAUCUAUGUUUGUGUGGUCGCGGCCAAGGGAGACUGGCCGCUGCUCGCUAAAUUAGGACGGCUGGCACGAUUUUUUGGCAGGCUGGCACGAUUUUUUGGCAGGAAAUCUUCUGCUGCGAAUGCUCAAGGUAUUUGUCAUCUUUGCUAUGCUGGACGACCCUCACACCCGUACCACGACUACACUGAAACGGCUACGUGGCGGGCCACGUACCUGCAGCAUCAGCCCCACAAACCGACUUUCGUGCCGCCCUUCUCAGUCCUGCCACAACACUCCGCUUUGUGGUACCGGGCUUGGUUCAAGGGUGCAGAUACUGCCGCAGUAUGUCGCUGGUUGGAAACGGUUUAUGCCAAUCGCAUUGCCGAGCAGCAAAAUCCGAGUGCAUAUCUGAUCGCCAUCCACGGCGCCUUGCGGGUAUCAAACCAACUGAUGCACAUGUUGUACAGGCAUGGCCUCUUUGUGAGCCGUGCGAAUGGGAACGUCAUUGUGUCGACAGGUUACCAAUUCCUCAACCUCUACUUCACUGCUGCGUACGAAGCACUGCAGCAGCGCAAGACCCGGUUCAAGCUUACUCCAAAAUAUCACGCGCUCACCGAGAUCAUCGACUACGUCAGACGUGAGCUCAUGGUUACUCCACACGCAAGCUGGGUAAUUAAUCCCGUCACAUAUUCAUGCCAGAGUGACGAAGACUUCGUUGGAAAGGUUUCGGCCUUGUCGACGGCAGUCGCACGCAGGUCGUGCCACACGCAGGUGUUGGCGAGGUAUGCCAUUCAGCUCUGGCAGCACUGGGACAGCUAG